ACAUACUGCAAACGCCGCCAGUCGGUCUCGAGUUGUCGUUCUACGCGCAAUAUCCAUGGAUUUCCUUAUCCAAGGAUAAAAUCUAUGUCUAUAUAUAUUCGGUGUCAACUUUUUACGCGCGAAUUUUCAAUAUCGAACUCGACGUGAGUGUGUCAUAUUUUAUUGGUUCUUAGUUUGGGUGAAUUAACUGGACAUAUCAUUAUAUUUCAUAUUGGUUCUUUGCAGUAGGAAAGUCCGUAAUGUAAACAACCCAAUUGUGAACAUGACGAUGGAUACAGAAGAAACGUCUGCGCCUGAACCGGGACCGAGUACUGCGCAAGAAAAUGAUAUUGCCCCUGAAACUAGGCCUACAGAUGCUCAACUCAGCUCGCAAAGGGUUUUCAAGAAAUCAUCCCCUAAUAGCAAACUGACGUUAUAUUUGGCAUCACGUGACUUGGUGGCUUCUCAGGGCCGUAUUGACUGCCUUACCGGUGUGCUAUUGAUCGAUCCUGAUUUUAUAGAUAACAGGAAGGUUUACGGGCAGAUUACGCUUACUUUUCGAUAUGGCAGAGAAGACGAGGAAGUAAUGGGCCUAAAGUUCUGUAAUGAGGCAGUUAUGUGUUUGACCCAACUGUACCCACCACCUGAGCAGCCAAUAUACACCACCACACCCUUACAGGAGGCCCUAUUAAAAAGGCUGGGAGCAAAUGCCUAUCCAUUCACAAUGGAAAUCACCCCGUUGGCGCCACCUAGCGUACAACUAGUUCCUGCUAAGGAGUAUAAUGGAGCUCCUAUUGGAACGAGCUAUGAUAUCAGAGCUUAUGUUGCUGAGAGGAUGGAUGAGAAGCUGCAUAAGCGGGCAACAGUAAGAAUGGGGAUAAGGGUGGUUCAAAGGGCAUUUGCACCGCCCUCGCCCUACCGUUAUGUACCUGGGGCUGGUAGGACGACAAAAGAGCAAGCGAAGUUGAAUAAGAAGGCCUUGCUGUAUGGUUGUAAGAGUGCUCCGUUGGAAAAUAGAUUUUUUAAUAACUCAGGUUUAUCAAGAUCAGCUGAAAUAGUGGGACAAGUGGGCCAAUCAGACCUAAAACCGGAAGUUGUAAGAACAGGCCAUCGGUCUAUGCCAGAAUGUGUAGCACAAGAAAUGGACACGACGGAAAAUAAGAAACAUGAAGAUGCAGAAAAUAACACUCCUAAUCACAGAUCGCCCCUAAAGUACCCAAAUCAAGUGAGCUUUAGCCCCAAAUGCGACAAAUCCGAAGAAAAUAGGGAAAAUAAAAACGGUCUGGAGCAUCGCAAGGGAUCUCUGAAAGAGGCAGGACCUGAAAUACGAAUGGAAAGUGUCGAAAGUAACGAGGACCGACUAUCGGACUUUUACCGGUCGUUGUGUAGCGCAAAACGUCCCUCAAUGGCGGCCUAUUUAGCUGAAGUGCCCAACCCCAAAGCGGUGGUGGAAAAACAGUUUUUACUCAGUGAUGGAAAGAUUUUCUUAAGCGCAUCCUUGGAUAAGGGCAUCUAUUCCCACGGAGAAGAGAUUCGGGUUUCAGUACAAAUUCGGAAUAACAGCAGCAAGACGAUACGAAGAAUUAAGACUUUCGUCGUGCAACACGUGGACGUAUGCAUGUUCAGUAAUGGCAAAUUUAAAAACGUCGUAGCGAUGCUCAGCGACAAAGAGUCAUGCCCCAUAGGCCCCACAGCCGCUUUAAACAAAACCUACACUCUCCUACCCUUAAACAGUUCAACGAAAAAUUGGAUAGCACUGGAGGACACUUAUAACAGGUCCAAUUCUAGCUUAGCUAGCACCGUCAGCUCAGUUACUGGAAAUCCCGAGGAGAGAAACGUGUUUGCCAUUUACGUUUCUUAUUAUGUCAAAGUGAAACUUAUGGUAAGUGUGAUGGGUGGCGAUGUGAGCCUAAAGCUACCGUUCACGCUGAUGCACACUUGUUCAGACUAUGACAGUGACACCCUGACGAGGCUCAAAAGGGUCGAAAGUGAGUCGAGGCGUUACGUGAAACCCCAUAAGGUGCAUCAGCGGAGCCCCGCGGAUGAUAUAAAGCCUGAGAAGGAUGGGACGUGAGAGAAGGAAAAGGUAGUUGUAGAAAUUAACAAAGCCGCUCCACACGAAAACCAACACCCCAAACAACCCUUAAAAGCAGUGAUCAGUUACACUAAAACGAUUCAACACGAUCGCCCCAUAUCCCUCCACAUAUGCAAAAGUGAGGAUCCAACUCCUCAACCUCAAAACGGAGCUUCCGAACCCUCCUCCAAGAAGCCAACUCAGCAUGAAAACCUCGACGAAAUCCUCACUCUGGACAAACCGGAGUGUGACACUCAAAGUGAGCCACCUGUGGUGAAACAAAAUGGCGAACAGUACUUGCAUGGUCAACAAAAUGGCGAUUUGGAUGAAGGACAUGGUGGACUGUUUAGUUUGGCCAACGCGUUUUGUUGUUUACGGACUAGGCGUGGCUCAUAGCGGGUGACGGUGUUUUAAUUAAUGAUAAAGUAUUAUUCAAAAUUGGGCAUGGGGUGUCUCUAAGAAGACUAAAGUCACCUAAUUUAAUCCAGAGUUUUGGCAUAAUUUGAUAUGGUUUACAUAACUUUGCCUAAAAGUUGGUUAAAACUCAAUCGAUAUCAGGGCUCUCUAGUAUCAAAACUAAUCUAUAAGUAAUUUUACUUUAAUUGUCCAAAGACACCCUGUAUAUUAUGGUAGCUAGAUUACGAAUUUUUUUAUAAUUAACUAAUAUCAGAAGAUGUUUUAAAUAUCGUUAUUUAUUUAAUAUUUGUUAUUAAUUUUAUAAUUUUGUGUCAAAUUAAUAUAAUUAAAAUCUUGAUGUAUGUACUUAACUAUAUCUGUCGAUGUUAUAGAGCUUAACUAUCUGUGCAAAAAGGAAUUUUUCAAGCAGAAAAUAUUGUAAAAAAUACUAAUUUUAUAUCCAGAGCAACAUAUUGUAAUAUAGGCAACAUAGUUUCCCAUUUAAAAAAAUAAAUAAAAUUAAAUAUUA